UAGAAUUUCGCGAGCGUCGUAGGUGAACAGAAACGAGAAGGGUUUAGAAGAGACAGACAGAUAAAAGGUAGAGAGAGAAAAGAUGUCGGGCAUGGGGGACGGGUACGUGGGGACGGCCCAGGACGCCGUGAGAAUCCGACGGCUGGAGAAGCAGAGAGAAGCCGAGCGCCAGAAGAUCCAGGAGCUCAAGACCAAGUCCGCCUCCGCCAAGGACCAGCCCGGCCUCCUCCAGUUCGGUUCCAGCACCUCCGAGAUUCUCGAGACAGCGUUUAAAAAGGAAACUGUCGGUUUGGUUACGAGAGAGGAGUAUGUUGAGAAGAGAGUUAAUAUCCGGAAUAAGAUCGAGGAGGAAGAGAAGGAAAAGCUUCAGAAGUUACAACAGGAGGAGGAGGAGCUCCAAUUACAGAAGCGUAAAAAGAGGAAGAUUAAGGGGAGUUCUCGUUUGUCCUUCGCAGAUGACAUUGAGAACGGAAGUGAAAAUGAAGAUGGAGAAAACCAAAAUACUGAUUCAGCAAGAUUACGCAAUGCUAAAUUUGGCAAAGAUCCCACAGUGGAAACUAGCUUUUUGCCAGACAGUGAGCGUGAGGCUGAGGAACAAGCUGAGCGUGAAAGGUUGCGGAAACAAUGGCUACUUGAGCAGGAGCAGAUACGAAAUGAGCCCCUUGAAAUUACCUAUAGUUAUUGGGAUGGAGCAGGCCAUAGGCGAGUGAUCCAGGUACGCAAGGGUGACACCAUAGGAGAGUUUCUUCGGGCUGUUCAGCAACAACUUGCACCAGAGUUUCGAGAGAUUCGGACGACCUCUGUGGAGAAUUUGCUUUAUGUGAAAGAAGAUCUUAUCAUCCCGCAUCAACAUAGUUUCUACGAGCUAAUCAUUAACAAGGCUAGGGGCAAAAGUGGACCGCUGUUUCACUUUGAUGUGCAUGAGGAUGUAAGAACAAUUGCCGAUGCAACGAUAGAAAAAGAUGAGUCUCAUGCCGGGAAAGUUGUUGAAAGGCACUGGUACGAGAAGAACAAGCAUAUUUUCCCUGCGUCAAGAUGGGAGAUUUAUGAUCCAACAAGGAAGUGGGAGCGCUACACCAUUCAUGGGGACUGAUUAAAUAAAUACUAUUAUGUACUAUUGUUUUUACUCGUUUCUCCAAAGUCUUUAAGAUUGAACAUCAGAAUGAGAUAGGUAGGAAAGUGGAGAUUUCAAACUCAUCUGCUAAGCAUAUUGGAUAUUGUCGUUAGUUUUGUUUGGAUUUUGAUAUUGUUGCUUGUGUCA